CAGGCAGGCGGAUAGCGCGGCGGCGCGCGCGCGCGCUCCCGGUGCCCUUCCCGUGACGUGCCUGGCCGAGGCCGCGCAAGGGCGCUGUAGCUGCCAGUGCCGCUGUCAUGGCGUCCGAGGCGCUGGCUGAAGAGAACCCGCCGCGGUCUCCUUAGAGCGAGGGGCUGGCGGCUGGGCAUGGAGAGCGGCCCCGAGAGCCUGCAGCCACUAGAACACGGGGUGGCCAUCGGGCCAACGCCAGGGACAGGUUCUCCGCAGGAAGGGCCACCGGAGACCAGGCUCGCCGCCGGAGAUGGUCCUGGAGUAUGGGCGGCGGAGAGCAGAGGCGGGAAUGGGCAGGGGGCGGCGGCCGCCGGGAGGAGCCUCUUGGACUCCGUUUCUCCCGCCGGCUCUCCUCAGGUUCCCAGACCCUGCAGCUCCUUUCCGGGCUUGGACUUGAAGGAGAGCGAUUUGGAGAACAUUGCUGCCCAGAAGGCGCCUCUGAGAGGGCAACACAAGGUGACCGCCUCGCCGGAGACCGCGGAGGCCGGAGCGGACCAUGGAUCGGGUCCGGCCGGAGACGCCGGCUGCCGCGCGGAUUCCGCCGGCACCUGCCGGGCAGAGUUGGCGGCCGCCGGCUCCGAGGAGCCUAGCAGCGCCGGCGGCCUCAGUAGCAGUUGCAGCGACCCGAGCCCUCCUGGGGAAUCGCCAAGCCUGGACUCCCUGGAGUCGUUCUCUAACCUGCAUUCUUUCCCCAGUAGCUCUGAGUUUAAUAGUGAGGAGGGAGCAGAGAACCGGGUCCCCGGGGAGGAGGAGGAGGGCGAGGGCGCGGCGGUGUUGCCCCGGGCUGUGCCUCUUUGCCGAGAAGAGGAGGAGGAGGAGGAGGGGGAGGAAGCUCAGGUACUGGCGGCCUCCAAGGAACGCUUCCCGGGACAAUCUGUCUAUCACAUCAAGUGGAUCCAGUGGAAGGAAGAGAACACACCCAUCAUCACUCAGAAUGAGAAUGGACCCUGCCCUUUGCUGGCCAUCCUCAAUGUUUUGCUUCUGGCCUGGAAGGUGAAACUUCCACCGAUGAUGGAAAUCAUAACUGCUGAACAGCUGAUGGAAUAUUUAGGAGAUUACAUGCUUGAUGCAAAGCCAAAAGAAAUUUCAGAAAUUCAACGUUUAAACUAUGAGCAGAAUAUGAGUGAUGCUAUGGCAAUCUUGCACAAACUACAGACAGGCUUGGAUGUAAAUGUAAAAUUCACUGGUGUUCGAGUGUUUGAAUAUACACCAGAAUGCAUAGUAUUUGAUCUUCUUGAUAUUCCUUUGUACCAUGGGUGGUUAGUGGACCCACAGAUUGAUGACAUUGUAAAAGCUGUUGGUAACUGCAGCUACAACCAGCUAGUGGAGAAGAUCAUCUCUUGUAAGCAGUCAGACAAUAGUGAGCUGGUUAGUGAAGGCUUUGUAGCUGAGCAGUUUCUAAAUAACACAGCCACUCAACUGACAUACCAUGGAUUAUGUGAACUAACUUCAACGGUUCAGGAAGGAGAACUUUGUGUGUUCUUUCGGAAUAAUCAUUUUAGCACCAUGACCAAAUACAAGGGUCUACUGUAUUUGCUGGUAACAGACCAGGGGUUUCUUACGGAAGAAAAAGUUGUUUGGGAAAGCCUACACAAUGUGGAUGGUGAUGGAAAUUUCUGUGACUCAGAAUUUCAUCUGCGGCCUCCUUCAGAUCCUGAAACCGUAUACAGAGGACAACAGGAUCAGAUAGAUCAGGACUAUCUUAUGGCAUUAUCUCUACAACAAGAACAGCAGAGCCAAGAGAUCAACUGGGAACAAAUACCCGAAGGAAUCAGUGAUUUGGAACUAGCAAAGAAACUCCAAGAAGAGGAGGAUAGACGGGCUUCUCAAUAUUACCAGGAACAGGAACAAGCAGCAGCAGCAGCUGCUGCUUCUGCUUCUCCACAGGCCCAGCAAAGCCAGCCAGCACAAGCCUCUCCAUCAAGUGGAAGACAAUCUGGGAAUAGUGAACGUAAACGAAAGGAACCUCGAGAAAAAGAUAAAGAAAAAGAAAAGGACAAAAAUAGCUGUGUCAUUUUGUAACAAGUGGUGGGUUCUGUUGGAUGCGUCUGUAUGUCUUGAGAAACAAAACCACAGGAGGAAAGGAAGAAAAACCGAUAAAUACCGUCUGUGCCUGAUUUCCCAAUGGAUUUUGUUCAUGUUUUUCAGGGGAAAGGUUGUUACUUAGUUACAAUCAGACUUUUUCAAGUCACACAGUACACUCUUCGUGAGCUGGAGUUUCACGUUACAAGUUGGAAAUGCUGUGUGGUAUCAUACAUGAAAAAUACUGCACUUGUAGCCAAAUAAGCAAAUCACAGCAAAUUUUGUGUCAUAGUGACAUUCAUAACUCAUAUCAGUUAGUAAGCUAUUUUAUCUUUUGUUCUAACAAUGAAUGGAGGUAACUGAUUUUGUCUGAUUCCUUCCUGAAAUCUAAAUAUUAGCACAAUAGUUUCUGAAAUUAAUUUUUACAAUGUUAAAUUAUUAUCUAAUCCAAGAGAAACCAGGGGGUUAAUAUAGGGAUAUAAAAGGAAAACACACACACACACAGACACACACAAUCUCUCUCACACACACACACACACACACACACACACACACACACACACAAAACACAAGAAACAAACCAAGACAAAAAAUAACAAAUAAAUAACCUUUAAUCCUGUAUUGGACUAGUUCAGCCCUUGAACAGCUUUACCUUUCUUUAGGAAUGUACAUUUUAGAUACUAUCUUGAGAACUGAUAAUGGAGCUUGGGUUUAAUUUAGAUAGAAAAAAUAAGUUGUAUUUCUUUUCCAAUAGCAAAAAAAUUACAUAACACUAAUACUCAUAUUCUGUAAAAUCAGAUAUUAAUGACUUUGUAGUGUUGUGAAAUUUUGAGGAAUUUUGAAAUCUUUAAUAUACGUAACUUGUACUACAGUUACUAUUUAUUGAAAGUGCGAUAACUGAUAAGAAGGAAACCACAGUGGAUGCUAGGCCUUGUAAAUACAGGAAUAUAGAAAAGCAGAUAGUUCAAAUGUCUACCUUUUUCUAGAAUUACCUUGAACCUUAAAAUUUAAAUCAUGUUUAUUUGCUAGAAAAUUAUGUAUACUUAGUAAAGCCAACAAAAAAGCACAUUUCUGAAAGGAAGUUAGAGAUAUAAUCUCUGAGUCUAGUGAAACGCAUUAAUAAAAAUCUGCUUGAAAAUAGAUAAGAAUUGGGAGGAAUUUAUGUAAAAGCAAUCAGACUUUUUUAACUUAUGGGAACCAAAUAGACCUAUAACAUCUUGUAGUGUUUAUAGGAUUCAGAAAGAAUAUUUAUUGAACUUUAUUAUGAGGCAACACAUAUUUUCCUGUAUUUCUACUAUCCUUAAUAGUCCUUUUUAUAUAUGCUUUAUAUUUAAAAGUUUGAUUUAGUCAUUUUUGAAAAGACUAUUGCUGCUGCAGGUAGUUAUGUGAUUUACAUUCUAAGCCUCAGUAAAUUUGUUUAGGAGCAUCUUUAUCUAACCUGAGCAUCCACUUGGAGAAUGUUUUUUGUGGUCUGGGGUGACAGUAGACUACAAAAAAAAAAAUGUGGUGUAGAGUUCUUAAACUAUGUCUUUAACAUUCUCCAUGAUCCAAGACUAUUUAUAGGAUGUGUCUGUAUGUAAAAAUAAAAAGUAAAGUCUUAUUUAUGGAAGGAAUUAUUCUAAGGGAAAAAUCCAGGGUCAAGCUGUAUCUUUUAUGUCAUGUCCUUCUGUAUUGCAUGUCUGGUUAUGUUAUACCAUUUGUUACUCCUUCAGAUUUCCUAUACUAGCAUGAUAAAUCAUCAGAGAACCUGUUUGGGGUAUAACACUUUGAUACAAAAUAUCUGGUGAGUCUCUUGUUAAUAACCUAGAAUAUGUGUACAUUGUGAAAUAAUCAAAUUACUACAGAAUUCUCUGUUGGCUCAAGCAAGUUGACCUUAGUUCAAGUUUACUCUUGAUAUCACUCUAUUGGUUGGAGGAGGAAAAUGAAACCUUAGGGUUUGUUUUUCCUAGAAGAGAUAGUAGUGACAGUGCAUUAUAUUUUAAUAUGAAAAACAAAACAGUAAAUCCUGAGAAAUUUUAAAAAGCAUAUUUGAGGCGUAUUUUUCCAUAAUUAUAUACUUAUCUAUUUAUUACCCUUGAAAAAUAUAUGUGUAAAAGUUAUUCUUCUGUUAUUUGUUACUAUCUUCUUAAUUUGUUCCAAAGAUAAUACUGCCAUUCUGCAUUCCCUCUGGAAGGAAAAAAACAAAAAACAAAAAACAAAAAAAAAAACAACUCAAAACCAGCAGUGCUGCUAUCAGAUAAGUAGAUGUCAAUGUAUACUUAUAAAAAAUAACUAAAAAAUGUAAUGUGUUUGUUAAUCCAACCUUUUUUCUACAUAAUAUUUCCAACUCAGACUUUCUUACAUUCCUGGAAUUCAGUUUGAUAUACCAAGAGUAAUACUGAUAAAAUGUUUGCUUUGAUUACUGUGAGGAAAAAACUAAAUGUUCAAUUCUAUUAAAACAAACUUCUUGGGAGAUACUGGUUUCCCAACCUUGAAGGUUAGAGCUAUUGUGUCUUUAUAUUCUUAAAUUUUGCUCAAGGCAACAAAUUACAUAUUCAGACAUUUCAUUGCUGGUUUGGGGAUAUUGGAAUUUGAUAGUGGUGUAUUACAGGCUUUCCUUCGCAAUAUUUUGUAGUACUUGAAAACUGUUACAUGAACUGCUAGCAGAAGUUAGAACUUAAACAUUUUUGUUUUUAAUAUUUGUAGGCUAGAUUAGGGACACAUUUGUAUCAACCGAUCACUAUUACAGCUAGCAAAAGAGACAUGAAUGAAUGGAUGUGGUCACUGCACUUUCUUGUACUUUCAAAGGCUAUUUCAUAAGUUUAGUGACCAGUCUUUGUUAGCAAUAUGAAAAGUGUCCUCAUGUGUAACCCCAGUGAAUCAACAAUGCUGUGAUUUACAAUAGGUUAUCAACACUUAGAAGUACGUGUGAGAGAGAGAGAGAGAAUGUGUGUGUGUGUGUGUGUGUGUGUGUGUGUGUGUGUGUGCGCGCGCGUGCGCGCGCGCGCGCGUGCAUGUGAGUGUGUGUGUUUGAAGCAAGGAUCCAUGACUUCUAUUGUCAAAGGAAUCUGGGAACCUUCCCUCAAAUUUUACCA